AUGUGGAAGAACAACGUGGAAGUACAACGAUCAGGAGGCGGAAGUACGACACUGCUGCAGGAGUGGAAGAACAACAAUGAAGAAGUGGAUGACGAUCAGGGGGGAUUAGCGAGGAUCAUUUUGCAAAGUGCUUGUUGUAAAGUAGGUUGUUAUAGUUCCUUCUUCUUUCUCUUGAUCAUAAAUUUUCGCAAAUUUUUUACAAGGAAGGUAGGAAACAAAGUGCAAGUAGUUGGAAGCCUCUUCACAAGGUUGGAAGAGUACUGCGUUCAACGGGAAGAUCAAGGUUCCUUGAAGGUUCUUGGAAGUGCUAGGUAGGUUGUACUAAACAGUUUUAGAACGCCAUGAUGCUACCAAAGAGAUCAUGAAGACGAUCUUGAGUGAAGAUAAAAAUGAUGAUCUAGCUCGUCCAUAGCUACCACCUAGAGUAAUUCGCGAUUUAGGUCAUCAAUGUAACGCCCUUCGUCCAUAGCUACCACCUAGAGUAUAAUUCGCGAUUUAGGUCAUCAAUAUAACGCUCUUCGUCCUUCUUCUAACUCGCAUGUACUUCUACCACGUACGUCGAGGGCCUCCCGCAUCAUCGUUUUACUUACUGCGAGAGACCUCAUUCUGCCGAGUGCCCCCUGUUUACUUUGUUUGAACAAAACACGACUCAAAGUAAUGAAGACACGCCGUAGUUAUAAGUACUUCUACUUUGUAUAUUCUUGGAGACAUUUUCUUCAUACUGCGUACGUCUUCAUACUGGAGACCUUCAUAUUGGAGACGUGUUUUCAUGAAUGGUCGAUGUCUAUGCAGCGAGGGAGGCUGAAAUAAAAUGUCCCCACGGAGAACGUGUCACAUCUCCACAGAGAACUUCAAACUUUCAACUGAUGUCCGAGACUGAUGGUGGAUGUCGAUCAACUAGAUCUUAGUUGCCACCUACAUCUGAUAAAGCAAGGGCUGCGCUUGCUCCUGUUCUGCACGCUCAUGAC